AUGGCUUUCAUCAGACCAUACCAGCCCACCGACUUCGAGGCGACGGCCUUUAUCUGCCGCGCAACGCUCCCACCGUCGCUGGCCAAGUCUCCAGCGGGCGUCAAGCUGUCGCCGUACCUGUGGACGCACCAGUACAUGGAGCUCUCGCCAUCGCACUGCUUCGUGCUGGAUGACGGGAGCGGCCGCUGCGUCGGGUACGUGAUCGGCACGCCCGACGUGUUUGCCUUUGCCGCCGCGUACCACGGCUACGUGGCCAAGCACCUCUCUGCGCCCGACAUGACGCCGCGGCAGAUGGAGACGAGGGAGGCCUGGACCACGGCGGACGGCGAGGUCAACGAGCAGGCGCUGCUGCAGCUGGCGCGAGAGCCGCGCUGGCUGCUGCUAGAGGGCGUCGAGGGCAAGGAGGAGAUGGUGCAGCGGUACCGCGGCACUAUGCACAUCGACAUGCUGGAGGAUUGGCAGGGGAAAGGCUGGGGCAGGAAGAUGAUUGGGCAGUUUAUGGAGAGUGUGAAGAGGAGGCAGGGGGAGAGGCUCCCUGUCGUCUUGGCGGAUGGGUCUGCGCAGGAGAUGAUGCUGGAUAGUGGGAAGGGUGUGCAUAUUGGUAUCUCGGGGGAGAAUACCAAGGUCGUCAAGUUUUACGAGAAGGUUGGGUUCCGGGUGCAGGAGGGUGGGGAACGAGAGGGUGGUGUCUGGAUGGUAUAUGAUUUCUAA